AUGAACGCCGACUCGCAAGGUAGUCUGUGGUCACAUCGCCGCCUCGAUGUUGUUCGUCUAUCUAAUCAAUGGAAAUAUCGGUUAGGUAAAUGGGGCAUCUUCAAGAACAUCUGUGCGGAAGAAGCCAAUUAUAUUCGCAUGGUGAAAAUGGGACUAAGGCAACCUGAAGAAUGCUGGGACUGUUUGGUUGUGGCAAGCGGCAUACUGCUCGACAUCCUCGAGGUCAGACGCUACUGCCAGCGAGAGCGAAAGAAAAAGACCGGCCCACAGGGUGCCAAACGAUCUACCAUUCGUCCGCCUCGCAGGCAUUUUGUAUUCAUUCCUUUGCCAUUCACUUUCAGCAGGCUUGAAGAGCCUUCAAUCUUCAAUAUUUUCCGGCGCUUGUUGUGGUUUACAAGUAUGCACUUCGACAGUUGUUUCGACACCGGCACAUGGUCCAAAGACAAUUGCGGCCUCUAUGGUAGGGCCCAUGAGCUCCGAAUCGGCUUGGUGCAACUCAGCAAACUGCACAACAGAUUGUGCGACGCCUUGAAACAGUUCCGGAGAAGGAAAACCAAUCUGGCUUUCGCCUUAAUAGGGUCCGCUUUCGAGCUUCACGAAGCCAUCGUGCGAACCUACCAUCAUCGACAAUUCCCAGAUAUCCUUGCAAUCAUGCUCUUAAUUGAGCGAGCUGGACUAUCUGAAAUCCAGAUUUGCAUGGCAACCAACCUUUACGACUGGGCCACGACAAUUCUUCAUGAAAACGAUCCCCGGAGACACAUGUUCCGGACGUUGGCGAGCAUACCUUGGGAUACAACCGGCGACCUUUACUUGGCUUUCGAUGCUUAUUGCCGACAUCUAUGGAUGUCAAGGGGAAGCGGAACGAACCAGAUAAAAGCUUACUACUCCUAUAAUCAGGCCAGUCUCCCCAGAGCGGAUGAUGGAAGAUUCUACGAUCUGUACAGAAGAAAAUCACUGGCAGAGAUCGAUCUCAUCCUGAAACAAGUAGACGAGCAACUUGGCGUCUACAGCCACCCAACAUUCUGUCUAUGGCACACCGCAAUCAGAUAUCUGUUGAAGGAGUCGAGACUCGCAGAAGCGGAAUGUGUGGCUCGCAGCCUCAGCCAGCGUCUCCUGCAGGCUCCACACAUGAUCCAAGACCAGGGAGACAUUCAGUUGAAUGUGGACAUUUUGUUAAGUUUCUUUUUGCUUGGUUCGGCUCAACAUUCGCUGUUGUUAUUCGAAAACUCGAUGCACAGUUUCGUAAUGUGCAUUAAGACUCGACGUAUGGCGGUGUCAGAAUACAACUGGGACCCAACAAUUGCAUUCGCGUUGGAGGAGGCGGACUCUAUGGCAAGGAGGCUUGGUAACUUCAUUAUGGCGGAAGGGUUCAAAAGGCAGCUCGAUGGGAUGUACGCCGCAGUGGAGGAGAAAGACCGCAUGCAACAGUCUCGUUAA